UAAGCACUCCCUGAAUCAAGUGAAACUUUGCAGUCACCAGGAAACCUUUAUUUCCUUUCUGCUGGACCACAGCAAGAAGCAGCAUCUCUUGAACUCACAACUGUACUGACCAUGGGAAGGAGCAAAUCACAGUUGGUCCUGCUAGCCUUUGCCUGCGCAUUUUCUUUCUGCUGUGCUGAACUGGUCCUGGGUGUCAUGCUAUCUCCACAAACCACGUCCUUCCCCCAUACCAUUACUUCUGCUCUGUCACCUUCCGUUUAUCGCUCCCCACCCCAUCGAAGCACCACAAUUCAACCUAACAGCACAGGCCCCGUAAGCCAUGCAACUACUCUGCAGACAACUGACCAACGCUGGGAAACAACAGCACCAGCCUCUCAUAUGACUGCCCAGGCAGAAGCAAAUGCCACCACAGCGUACGGCCACACAUCUUCCACAGCAGCAACCACAACUGCAGCAAACACAGCUGCAGCUGGCCAGGCUACAACCCAGGCGAUGGAAACAGUUACAUCAGCUGUGGAGAACACAACCCUAUACUCUGUGUCCUCAGACAACCAAGUCACAACACAUGUGGACGCAGUUACGAACACAACCAUAGAGAAUUCAACAUCAAAGAUGCAAAUGACAGCUGCUGCAAUAAAUACUACAGCCACUACCAACAAAACGGAAAAUCCCACCACAAGCUCAACUAAUCACACAACUUCUGGAAGUCCAACGGCCACAGCCAUGACCAACGCAACCACCGCUCAUCAGAGGACUCAUACAACCAUCCCAUCUACUACAAUGAUGGUGAUACCCACUCUGGCCCCACAGCCUUCUCCCAUCCCCACUGGCACAUACACCAUUUCCAGCAGCAACAAGACCUGCAUCAAAGCAGUAAUGGGUUUGCAACUGAUGGCUCUGAGCACGCAGAAGAAGCAGCUGGAGUACCUGUCUGUCAACCCCAACGCCACCCAGGUAUCUGGAAGCUGUGGGAUGGUGCAGUCUGUGCUGAACAUCACUUUCACUGGAGGGUUUAUAAGCUUUGUCUUUGUAAAGGAAGAUCCAGUGUACUAUGUCAGUACAAUUGAGGCUGAAUUACAGUUACCUUCUGAAGGUAUACUUUAUUAUGUAGCCAUACGCCAGCAGCAUUUUACUGCAAAGCUGGGGAAUUCCUUUAAGUGUGCCAGCAAGCAAACGUUUGGCGUGGAGAGAACCUACCAGCUACUCAUUGUUAACAUGCAGCUGCAGGCCUUUGAUAUUGUUGGCAACCAGUUUGGAAGAGAAGAAGAAUGUUUUCUUGAUAAAAACAGAAAAGCAGUUCCCAUCGCUGUGGGCCUGAGUAUCCUGGGACUGUUGGUCAUUGUGUUUGUCACGUUUCUGAUUUCCAGAAAAAAGCCCUAUAGAGGAUAUGAACGUAUCUGAGGUGCUCUUGUACUUCCAAAUGAAUAUGGCAAGUAGAGAAGUCACAGGAGUUUUUGCUUUUACCUGGCAGCCUUGCUGCUCUGGAGCCAUAUUUUUAAGUGAAGUGACACCAUGUGUUUAAAGCUAAUGCAUGUUUCUGGAAACAAUUUCUUUAAGGUGGGAAGGAAGUGAUUUACACCAUCCAUUUUAGGCUAUUCUUAGCAACUAAUUUAGAUGGAGUCCAGAGGACCGAAGUUAGAAUACUAAAUUCUUUAUAUGAUAAAAAAAAAGAUGCAAUUCAGACCACCUAAGUUAGGCACCUCAAAACAGCCUAAAGCAGACAGCAUCAUUAUCCCUCAUAAAAUCCAUCAGGUUUUUCUAAAAAAAAUUAAGAAAAAUCAAUUUCUUAAAGAUGCCAUUCAUAUUUAUUAGGAGAGCUGAGUCCAGUAAUAUGACCUUCAAGUAAGUGGAGCAGAGGUCCACAGCUACAGGCAACCCUAUUAAAUCAGAGUUCAGUGCAAGCCAUGUGGAAGCACUGUUUUUUUUGCUGAAAAUUUGGGGCAAGCAUAAGAAUGACUUCAAUUGAUAAGCAAGCUCUCUUCAGUCCUUUUAAAUACCAGGCUUACAGUUAAUAAUUUCUUAUUGUUUCCUACUAAGUCUUUCAGAGGGACACAGUGGUAAUACGCUACUCUCACUCUGGAGGCAGUAUUUUUAUUAAUUUUCUAGCUUCCAGUGACUGUACACAGAUAAGCUGACUCAGCGGGGUCAUAUAGGGUCUGCCUGAGCAAUGUGAGCCAAAAUUUCCACUCGUCAUUGCCUGACUGAGCCUCUCUGCAGUGAUGUCUGAACUUCUUGCCAAUAAUUCUUGAACUGCAGCCUCGCAAGACAUGGCAUAUGAGAGCAAUCUGAUGUUGCUAAGUUUAUCCUGCAGUAUUACUCUGUUAGCUGCGCAAUUCAGCAGCCAGUGACAGGCAGCUGAGAUGUCUGUGCAGAACUGGGUGGGCAUUCGGAGUCAGUAACUCCACUCAUCCACAUGAGGCCAAGACAUCCUCUUUACCAUUUGGUGCUCAAGAUGCGGCAUCCCUUUGCCAUGUAUUUGCAGCACAAGGUGGAGAAAGCUGACACGAGGCUCUGAAAGCACUGUGAUAAGUGAGCCGGUGCUAAGGAUGCUGCUGUGAUAGAUGGGGACUGGGGUGAAAUUGCUUGAUAAAUCCAUGGAGCCUAUUAUUUCAUGGUCUUGAAAGAGCUUAUGCAUCACCUGCUUCCUUUACAGACGUGGACCUGUUAUAGUGUUCACCACUGAACUUGGUAACUGUCACCUCACUGGGAUGACAGUAUUGUGAGCUCUCUCUUAAUGUGGGAAGUCUCUAUGGUAACUGAAAGUGCUGGGGAUUGAGUAGCCAGCACUGUAGCAGAACUGCACAAGGUCCUUGAGCAAAUGGAAAUCCACUGAAGCUGUCUUUUUAAGGUGUCUGUUUAAGGUAUCUGUGGGAGCUGAAAGCCUGCGCAGGCCUUGGACAAACUCUGCCCAAAAGAGAAUGCGAUCCACCAUGCUUGCAGCUGAGCAGCUGGAUUUUCAUAUGGAAAUAGUUCAGAGUUGCUUUAAAGCACAAUAUUUGCAACACUCUGUAGUCUGCUUCCAGCUAAGCGAAUGUGAAGGCAUGUAAGCAGUAACUGUUUUUGAGAGUAAUUAAGUUCAGCCAAUUUUCUUUGCUGUAACAAAGAAAAUCUCCUUGUCACAAAAGAUUUUCAAAGAUGAACGUAUGUACAAACGUCUGAGUACACACUCUGGAAACAAAUCUGCUCACUGCAGGAAACGACAUGAAAUUGAUAAGAAUUAUAUGUAAAAACAUUUAUCGAAGAGAAAACAAUAUUACAUAAGAGCUCAUUUUCCCCUUAUGGUUUAGGGCAAUAACUUCAUGUUACCAAUAAAUAUUUUGCCUGGAUAGGACUUUGGAGUGGCACACAUUAAACAAAAGAAAGACUGAAGUUAUCUGCAAAAUUUCCUUGUUGUUAGCUUUAUUUGGAAAUGAACAUGACAUAAAUCCUGGAAGAUAAUUUGAUUUCCAUUAAGUAAUGCCCCAAAUCCUGAGCAAUUAUGAAUGGCAAAGGAUUUCCACUGUGUAAAACUUUUGUCAGUACCUCGUGAGUCUGAUUUGCCUUAAGUAUUUUUUAAAAGUUUUGAUAUUUUACCAGUGUUUAACCAUCAAGAGAGAGUUUAUUUAUUUAAAUCCUUCCAUUCUAUGAAUUUCUAGAAGAUUCUGGUCCCUGCCAAGCAGGAAACAUGACACCAUUCCAUAACCGCCAUAACAUGUUGCUGUGGAAGUAAUUAUCAUUUUCCAGAAAUGUUCCAGUUUAGUUAGAAUGAACUCAUAAAAAAGAAAGAUAAAGACAAUUUUGAAGCACUUUUGCACUUGGAGAAGCCAAAGACAGAACUUAGAACCAGCUGUGAGCAAGGGAGGCAGCCGAAUAAAAUUAUAAGGUAAAUUAGCAUACAGUUACAAUCACUUGAACGCUCCAUUAUUUCAAUAUUUGUUUUGUAAAAGGCUCUAGCAGUGAUAAUAUUACUUAUCAAACUUUAUUUAGCUCAUUUUCCCCCUCCCACCUUUUCCUGUUGUUAGUGGACAUGCAACCCACUGACCUCAGGGUUUUGUUCAGGCCCUAGCUCUCUGGGUGUUCUUGCUGUUCAUGGUUCAUCUCACAUGAAAGUCAGAUGGUUAACAAGAGACCUGGGUGGUGGAAACAGGCCCUUGUCUGAGGGAACUGCAACCAUGGAGAGGUCUGGGGAGCUGUGAGCCUGCUGCUUGCGUUUCUCUUCAACAAAACCAUUGGUACCAAGUAAAAUGUCCGCCAUUGCCCAUCUGGUGAAGAAGUGAAGCUGUGGGUUAUUUCUGAGUUAUUUGCUCCUAAGAAGUAGGACAGCAGAUAAAUACUAUUAAUCUGUUCUUUAGAAAGUAGGAUUUUUUUUAUACUAUAUUAAAGCAGUCACUUAAAACAAAAACAAAAACACAACAACAGUGUAACAUUUAAGGUGUCCAGCAAGAAACAGUAAAUAAGUGGAAGUGCUUCCAAUUGAAAGGGAGCCCAUGCAUGCAGUACUGAUGCUGCUCUCCCAAGCUGUUAUAUUUGGACAUUUUAAUAACAACUGUUGCCUAAAAAGCUCAGCUCCACACAUGAUCCGACCUGAACCCAAUGUAAGUAGUGGUCAGUAGACAUCUUUCCCAUUCAAAACUAAGUCCUAUUUCAUGUGGCCUUUGGAUUUUUGGGAUGUUUGAUCUGUAUGGUUUGUUACUUUCAUUAGGUAUAGGAAUAUAGAAUUUUCUUGUUAUGUUCUGUACUGGAAAAGCUCUUUACAUUAAUCAUCAGUCUUUUAACAUUUGCUGUCAAAAUGAGGCUAGAAAGCCCUUCUUAAUGAUGAUUGAUAAUUCUGUGUUUAAUCUUGUCACACCCUCCGGCAUCUUUACCAGUGAUGCAAAGUUAAUGCUUUUCUCUCACCCCAUUUUAUCACUAGAAUGAAUCAAACUGUUCGUACUGAACAGUGUGUAGAUUAAUGUUUAACUGAUUAAUUCUCAUGCUAUUUACUGCCAUUACUUGUUUGCUGUUUUUCGGAAGCUGCAUACAGUCCUUUCCGGGCUUGCACUAAGUGGCAAAGGUGAAGCCAUUGGAAAUGAUCAUGAGGUGCAGCCAUUUUCUAGCAAGAAGAGUGAAGAAUACAGUGAAGCAGAAGUUAGGAGGUGAGCACAUCCCUGUAGCUCCCUGGUGCUCUGCUGCACCAGACCAUUCACCGUGGUCUCUUGCAUGCCCAAGCUAGACACUGGGUUAUCCCAUGAGUAUACGGUGUCAUACUUAGCCAAAUGCCCAAGGAGUUUAUGAAGUAAGAUUUAAUUUAUUUCAGACCUUUGUUGCUCUCUGACAGUAAAAAAGAAAAAAAAAAGUCCAAAUUAAGAAACAGCUGUUAAUUCUGGUUGAACAGAAAAAGGGAAAUGUAGAUUAGCCUCUUAAGUGUAUGGAGUUGGUUUGGUUGAUCACUUCUAGCUUGCUCUAAUACAUGGUUGCUAAAAAUUACUUUGUUACGAAAAGGAAUAUAUGCCCUCUAUUUUUCUAUUUUUGGUGUUUCUAUAAUAAAGAAUGUGUUUAGUCAUUGAA